UGUCUGAUGCUUUCUCCAGCUUUCUGGGGUCACAGUGGGGGAGGACCCAAAAGCUUUCUGAGCUCCCUCCUGAGAUCACAUCUCACUCCAUUCAUAAACGCCAGGUUUUAUGCACAGUGAGGAAAAGGCCAGGAUGCUUAGAGGCUUUCCCUGCAAAAGAGCCUGGGGAAGCCAAAACCUUUCUUAAGCUGGGAGUUUGUGACCUAUAGCAGCCCUAAACCUACUACCUGAUACCUCUGCUAACUGCCUGGCUAUAGCUCGUCAGGCCCCAGACCUGACCCCUGGCCCAGUGUGCAUUCUCCUAGUGUGGCAUCCCCACAGCUGGCCUUUGGCUUAGUUCAUUUGAUUCAUUCAGGACAGAUAGAACCAAUCUGAGCCCACUCAACCCUCUCUCCCUUCCCCUCCACAGGCCUGAGAGUAUGCGGCUUCUCCCUCCCCUUUCUUCCAUGGACCAUCCAUUGUGGCUUUCUUCUCAGAGCUUGUGAGACUGGUAGACUAGGCAGGAACAAUGCCCCAGACCCCCACAAGACUAAUCAGCCCCUAUGGCUCUGAUAGGUUGGUACAGUUAGCUGCUAGGCUCCGGCCAGCACUGUGUGACACCCUGAUCACCGUCGGGGGCCUGGAGUUCCCUGCUCACAGCCUAGUGCUGGCAGGUGCGAGCUCCCGGCUGGGUUGCCGGGGCAGGUGGGCUCUGGUUGAAGGCAUAAGCCCUUCCACCUUCGCUCAGCUUCUGACCUUUGUGUAUGGACAGAGUGUAGAGCUACAGCCUGGGGAGCUGGGGGACCUGGAGGAGGCAGCCAGAGCCUUGGGGGUACAGGCCUUGGAAGAGGCCUGCAAGAGAGCUCAAAGGGGCAAGAGAGAUGAUGAGCUGCAUCCAGGACUGAAGAGGCACCAGCAGUCAGAGUUGAUGAGGGGUUCUGAGAGAGGACUGGGGGGUCCUGGAGAGAAACAGAAACCAGAGGGUUUUAGGAGUGACGAGAGAGAACAGGAGAUGUCACACAGGCACGAAGCGCCUGGAGAGAGCCCUGAGAUGGCAGGAGUGACUAGGAUGAUGAGCACAGAGGAGGCGCUCAGUUCAGCCCCCGUGGGCUACAGGGGAGCAGAAACAAAGCAAGCAGAGGUCAUGGAAGGUAUGGCGAGCCACAGGGGCUCUGAGGAGAGUCUUCGUGGGUGUCCUGGUCCACUUUCCCCACCAGGUUCCCUCCUAACUAGCCUCAUUCCCAGGCCCUGGUGGGCUGAAGCCCCUUGGUUGGGGGAGGGCCAACCUGCCUUGUGGAGCAUCUUGUUGUGGCCGUCCAGAUAUGGCGUUCCCUUCUCCCAUAGUACCCCCAUCACUGCGGCCUGGCAGGUCUGGCCUCAAGAUGAGAGGAUCCCACUGUCCCUGAGCCACUCCAAAGGUCUCUGGAGUCAGAAUCAGCUGGCUUCCUCUAGCCCCACUCCAGGAUCUUUUCCCCAGGGCAAAAAACUCAGCCCUUGGGAGAUAGAAGAGUCUGGGCAAGGGUACACAGGCACACUGGCCACCUGUGUGAGUCAAGAACGCACAUUGACCUGCCCAUCUCACCAACACCCUCCUUUACCCUCACCUGCUCGCUCUCGGCCCUAUUCUUGCUCUGUCUGUGGAAAGCGGUUUUCACUCAAGCAUCAGAUGGAGACACAUUACCGAGUCCACACAGGAGAGAAGCCCUUCUCCUGUAGCCUCUGUCCUCAGCGCUCCCGGGAUUUCUCUGCCAUGACCAAGCACCUGAGGACACAUGGGGCUGCUCCCUAUCGCUGCCCUCUGUGCAGGGCUGGCUGCUCUAGCCAGGCCUCCAUGCAGGCGCACAUGCGUGGCCACUCGCCCAGCCGGCUGCCGCCUGGAUGGACCAUACGCUCCACCUUCCUCUACUCUUCCUCGAGGCCAACACGGGCCUCCAUCUCUCCCGGUAGUUCUGCCUCCUCCGCUGCCACCUGACCGGGUGUUGGUAGCUUCUCUGGCUUGACAAGACUCCAACCAAAGGAUAGAAUAAAAGGCAGAAGAGUUCAGCCGGCGGCGCCGUCGCUAGGGCGGCCUGGCAAAUUUAUCCGCAGAAGAGCUGCGGGACGGGAGCUACGAACCUUCUCCGGAUGAGCGAGCUGCAGAAGCCUCGGCCAGCUGGCAAGUCCGAGUUAAGGACAAUUAACCUGGUGAAGAUUAGCUGGGGACUGUCAAUUUCAUCACUAUAAUAAAGUUUCCUGUGCCCUCCAGUCAA